AUACUUCCAUUCAUCAUUUCGCAUCUGGACUCUCCCGAAGCAAAACGACCUAUUGAAUUCUGCUUAAAGAAAUCUUGUCUACUUACCCAGGAUGAAGUUUGCCGUGGCACUUUGCCUUCUCUUGUGUGCUAUCGGUGUGAUGACUUUAUCAUUGCCAGGAGCUGUGGAGGAGGAACAAAAGUCGAGGGCGGAAAGAGAGAAAGAAAAGGAACUACCCGAUAACUUCGGCGCUGAAAAGCGGAGCGACGAAGCGGAGUUCAAACGUGGUGAUGAUGAGAUGGAGUUCAAGCGGGCCAGCGAGGAGGAAUGUGAAGCUACAAUCACAAAGUGGACGGAUGACACUGUCUACUAUGCUUACUGCUCAGCGGCAAUGAAAAAUAAGUAUAGUCUGGAGGCGUUUGCACAAGUUUCCAGUAUAUUAGACGGUAUUCUCACUUUCAAAGACGUCACAAAAGACGAUUACGACUGCACAAAUAAUGCAGAUAGGGAACAUUAUAUCGCCGUCGUUGAUAAUGGUAAAUCAGAGGGGUGCUGGUCUUACGUCGGAAUGUUAUCCGGUGAAAAACAAACGCUAAAUCUCCAAACUGGCAAAUGUACUUCAGUGUAUGUCAUCAUCCACGAAAUCUUUCAUGCUCUUGGCUUGCUCCAUACACAACAAAGGCCGGAUAGCCCGCAGUACAUCACGGUCAAUACACAGAAUAUCAAGGAUGGCAAGGAAGGCAACUUCGCCAUGAAGGAAAGCAUGUGUACAACCUGUAAAUAUCAGACCUGCAGUCUCAUGCAUUACGGAAGGACCUUUUUCAGCAAAGGGGGUGAAACUAUAACGCCCCUCGAUCCUGACAUGGGACCAGAUCAAGGUAAGCAGAACCAAGUACAAGCCGGAGACCUCUGCGCCAUUUAUCUCUUGUACGACGCCCGUGAAAAAGAAACCUGCAAGGAAGUUGAUGGAGACGGAAAUGACUAUUGCCUUUGGGGUACUGGAAACGCCUACAACUUUAAAUGUUGCAGGUGCCCAGACCACUUUACAGGAGAUAACUGCGGGACGUUUGAUGAAAAUGCUGUGUCUGACAAUUCUGGCGAGAAACAUGAGGUGACCCAAGGUGGAGCUCCUGUUACUGUCACGUCUCCAAACAAUGCUGCAGGGAGUUCGUACCUUCCGAGCACAAAAAAAACUUACUUCAUUUCGGCUCCAACUAACUGUAACGUACAGAUGUCUGCAGAUUUCAUCUCCGUUGAAAAUGACGCAUCGUGCUACUGGGAUCAGCUCCGUUAUUGGAGUGGAGAAUCUAUACUUGACUGCCCGGAAACGAUUUGCGGAGAGUACACAGACGUCACGUAUACCUCCAAAAGCAACUUCUUUAUGCUUGAAUUCAAUUCUGAUGACAUGUAUAACGAGAAGGGAUUCAUCAUGUCGUUCGAGGCUGUGAACUGUACAUAAGAAUGAAUCGACAGCGUUACGUACGUACUGCAUCAUAUUGGGAGGUUGAUUUCAAUGUUAUCCAGUCUGGCUAUUAAAUAAUUUCAAUAAUGGGUGUAAUUAACAAAACAAAAAACAUUAUCAAUCAAAAUAAUAGUAGUAAUAAUGAUAACAGUUAUAAUAAUGAUGAUCAUGACAGUUAUCAUAAUAACAUAAAUACCGUUAAUAUACAAUACUGGCAGAUUACAUUUUAAAGUACGGACAGUAACAUAUCCCGAAGUAUUGUCUCAUUCAACUUUGUAUCAAAAUUAUUUUCGAGAAUAAAUAUAUGAAAUGGUUUCAUAAAUACCAAUAUUUAUACACAAUUCCUGUAACGUGACAUUAACGGUUAUGAGCUACGAGUUGGACACCCUUGUCUUGCAGUAUGAUUACAAACGCAAACAUUUUCGACUACGGAACUUCAAUUACGAUCAUGGCUCAAAUCAUCCUAGGACUAGGGAGUCUUUCUGGACCACAGAACUCUAUCCUAGAUGAGAGCUUAUAUUUAGUAAUAAUUUCAGUAAAAAGUUCAGUAUUUCAAAUCACUCAAAUAUAUGUUAAGUCUAUACUUUCUUAUAGACACGGUUGACACAUGUAUUCAUCUAGUGCUGUUUGUGGUUCUUUUACGUUGUAGAGAUAUUAUCUAUAUAUAUAUGUGAAUAUGAAAUAAUGUCCUUCUUCGGAAUCGCUCUCAGCUGUUUACGAUGUAUCUUUCAACAUCUUUCGAUAUAAUUCCCAUAUAAUUCUAUUAAUUAUAUUACAAGAAAUAACAGUACAUUCUGAACAUCGUUGUUUUUUGAGGGAGGGGGGGGGUGGAAGGAGAGAGAGGUUUGAUGGUCUGUAUUUGAAAUGCAUUUCAUUUUGAUUCCAUUAUUUGUGAUCUCUUUCAUCAAAACUAUUGGUAAUAAUUUGACAAUGGGGUUGCCAAAACCUUUCAUGCCUGGGAUUUCGAGACCAACACCAUUAAAAAAAAUAAAAAUAAAAAAUUGAUUACAGUAAUUAAGUGAAGGUCAUGGGGUCAAACAUCAAUAAAAUUGUAAUACUAUGAAGAAAAAAAUGGAUUAACAUAUUAUUUUCUUUUGAAUGGUUCGUAACAUUCUAUUAUAAGUAACUUUUUAAGGGGUGUCAUGUCAGCAGCGUUCCAUUUUCCCUUAGCAAAUCGUCUUGUAUGUAUUGUAACAAAAAUAUAUCUUCUCAAAUAUUUUAAAUUAGUGUCUAUAUCUUGAAUACUGAACUAUUAAAUCGUAGUAACUUGCAA